UUACUAGUUGGGUGUGUCUCAAAGACUGAAGGCAAAAAAAACAGAGAAAGGUCUGGCUCUGAAUGAUGGAUAGAAGGCACUGUUACAAGGAUUUGCUGCCAUUGGUGGUGCUUGUUGCCAAUGAAUGCAACAACACAGGCUUGUUCACUCUCUUCAAAGCAGCCACACUGCAAGGGAUGAGUAACUAUGUCUUUGUCACCUAUGCCUAUUCUGUUGCCUUUCUUGUACUACUUCCUGUCACUUUUUUCUACAGAAGAUCAAGAGUGGUUCCUCCACUCACUUUUUCCAUCCUAUCCAAAAUUGCCCUUCUUGGAGUGAUAGGGUGUUCAUCUCAGAUCUUGGGGUAUGCUGGCAUCAGGUAUAGUUCUCCCACACUUUCCUCUGCAAUCAGCAACCUCACUCCUGCUUUCACCUUCGUGCUUGCAGUCAUUUGCAGGAUGGAAAAGAUAGCUGUAAAACGUAGAACAACCCAAGCUAAGAUAUUGGGCAGCAUAAUAUCAGUAUUAGGUGCAUUUGUUGUGACUUUCUACAAAGGCCAAUCGGUCAUCAUAGCUGAUAAUUCCCCUUCCAUUCAACUUCCACAAUCAAAUGGCAUUCUUACUUCAGUGGAUAGAAAUUGGGUCAUUGGUGGCCUUCUGCUCACAGCUUGCAAUAUACUACUUACUGUAUGGUUCGUUUACCAGGUUGAAAUCUUGAAGGAGUUCCCGGAUGAACUAUCUAUGGUCUUCUUUUACAACUUGUGUGCAGCCAUUGUAGCAUCAAUUGUAGGCUUAUUAGGGGAGAAAAAUUCAAGUGCAUGGAAAAUAAGACCAGAUAUAUCACUGAUCUCUAUUGUUUGCACUGGAAUAUUUAACAAGUUCCUGAGUAGUGCAAUAUAUGCUUGGGGAAUACACUUAAAAGGGCCUGUGUAUGUAGCAAUGUUCAAGCCUCUCUCAAUUGUUAUUGCGGUUGCCAUGGGUGUUAUGUUCCUUGGUGAUUCUCUAUAUGUUGGAAGUAUAAUUGGAGCCACAAUAAUAUCAAUUGGGUUUUAUACUGUUAUGUGGGGCAAAGCAACUGAACAGAAGGAAGAGGAGGGGGAGGAGGAAAAUGUUGGUAGCCAGGAAUCAUCAAUUACUGAGAACGUUCCUCUUUUGCAAAGCUAUAUAACUGUAAAUUCUACGAAGAAAAUAGAUGGAAGUGUAUAGACAGCUGAAAUGAGAAGUUUCCUCUUCUGCAAAACCAAAAAAUUUGUAAAUUCUGAAUAGAAGACAGGUGGAAGUGUAUAGAAGACAAAUAUAAACUGUUUGCACCUCUUUAGUCUUGACAUUGUAGAAAAUCAUAGAGACCAUUUUUUGUCACAGAACAGCACAUUGUAACUUUCAGUAAUUUAUGAAAAUACAAUUCUCCCAUACUUACUAUAGGUUCUAGUUGCAGAAGCAGCCUAGACAAUGGGAGCAGCAUGUACCUUUAUACUUCAGAUACAAUAGUCAAUAUUUCUAAGGAAUGAAGCCCCAAAGAAGUAUCAUAAGUUCAUAAUUUCUUUUCAAAACAUGAAAGGAGUAGAUUCUGAUUGGGGAAAAAAGAAACAGAUGUGAAAUGUUGAGGUUUAGUGAUUUCAAGAAUGGAAGUGAAUGAAACUUAAAAUAAGGACUAAAGAAAGUGUCUAGGCUAGGAGGAGUUUAUUUCUAAAUGUACACAUUUUUUUUCCUA